CUUCUUUCUAAGCCUUGAAGAGUAAUUUAUUUAUUCACAAACAUGUUACCGUAUCAUUCAAGGCCAAUGAUCAUGAUGGAAAGGACACGAAAGUCCAACAUUGAACUAGCACCAAAUUGUCCAAGGUGUGCCUCUACCAACACAAAAUUUUGUUACUACAACAAUUAUAGCUUGUCACAACCUAGGUAUUUUUGCAAAGCUUGUCGGAGAUACUGGACUAAGGGUGGUUCUCUACGAAAUGUCCCUGUUGGUGGUGGUUGUCGGAAAAGCCGGCGUUCAAGAUCUACACGAAAAGAUGAUAAUACCCUUCAAACAUCUAGCCCCGCCCUUGAAGCUCCCGGAGCUCAUGACAUUGAUCUAGCCGAUGUUUUCGCCAAGUACUUGAACCAAGGUACAACCAAUGAUCAUGAUGAUAAUAUUAUUCUUCAAGUAUCUCAAGAUUAUUCUUCUAUUGGAGCUAGCUUAUCUAAUUCUCCUUCAUCAGAUACCUUGAUUAAUAAUCUAACUUCUUUUGAGAAUGAGAGUCUAUUGGAUGAGGCCAUUAUGGGUAAUUUACAAGAUUAUCCUUGUGGUAAUUUCCUUCAAGAGGAUCAAGGAGGUCCAAUUAAUCAAGAUUUUCUUGAUUUUAAUACUAGCUUUCUUGAAAUGCAAGCUAUGCUUGGGCAAGGGGAAGAAUUUGAUCAUUAUAACACAAGUAAUUUUGAGUGGCAACCCAUGAUGCAAUUUCAAGAUUUUGGAUCAAUUUUAGAACUAGAUGAUCAGCUUCUCAAGAAUUCAACACAAAACUUAACCAGUGACAACUAUAGCUCAUUUGAUCUAUCCAACUAUGUAUGAAAUUUAUUUAAGG